UUUGAAUGACAGACAUAUUACAAGUGGGAGUGAACUGUAUGCCAUAUUUACACCAAGGGAAAAUUUAACAGAGUUACCACCGGCACAAAGACAGGCCAACAUCGGAAAUGAAGGACCAAGUGUCAUCCGCUGUCACAUAGCGUUACAGGGAGACUUUGAAAUCAAAGUCAACCUCGAAAGUGAUACACUGAGAGAUGUGACACUACGGCUUUCUCUCGAAAGUAGUAUACCAGCACCAGUUCUUCACAUCAGAGGUGAAGAGUAUAAUCAUGUUGACAAACUAAGUGAGCUUGGAAUCACAGAUGAUUCAGUUCUACAGUUCUCUCUGUCAUCGUUUGAUAAUGAGAAACCAAGUCCAAGUCUUUUGUUCCAAAAAGAUGUCAGACCCUCAGUGAAGCAAACAGAGAAAGGCCUAAGUGUUUUUCUGUCAACGCUCUAUGCCAUUAAACGUAAACACUGUGGAGACGAAUUUAAGAAAGUGGUUGCAUACAUUAGGAGACUGAGUGGAUGCAAUGCUUUGGCUCAAAGUUUAUUCCAAAUGAUCUGUGGGAACUUGCAUGUAACAAGAAACCAAAAGAUUGCUGUUGUUGAGGGUCUUUACUUUCUUUUCCGAGAGUUGUUACCAGGUCUUAAUGAAAGAUCAGGUCCAAAGGUCAUUGAAGAUGGUGAUGUUUUUGAAUAUGCAAAUAUUUGCUGGGCUUACUUGAUUGCUCAAGGACAGAAUGAAAGUACUGAUCUGGAGACCUAUGCUACAAUUUCCUUGAAAGCUUAUCCUACAGGCCAGCGGCUGUCUGAGCCAGUCAGAGUACCAGGAACACCAGAAGUAUUUGACAGGUCAUACAUACUGGAAAAAAUCACAGAUGGUGUAAAAAUUCCAAACUGUGAUGAGGUGAAUCUACUGGAGUCAUCGAUUCAAAGAGCUACAGAUAUCGAGAAAAUUUCGCUUAGUCUUCCGGCAUCAUUUGAUAGGUUUCCAUUGUGGAUCUUUUAUAACAGCACCCCACAAGGUUGCAACUUUCAGAUUGAACAGAAGAAAACAUUUUCAGACAUGUUUGAGGAUGUCAAACGGUACAGUCACUUGAUUGUCACACCACCACUGCAACUGGCAAAUAUGGGAACUGAGGGUCCUCUGCUGGUGUAUCUCAGUGAAGAUAAUCUAGGUGUUUACUUGAACAAAGUCAAGGGAGACCCGUUUAAGAUUUGGGUUUACGACUGUCUGUCUGGAAGAGAGACCACACAAAAUGUGAAUGAUCUGGCUAAAAUGUAA